CAGGCUCCGGCCGCUGCCAUGGGCCCCGGGGCCGUCCGGGGCCGGGCUCGGGGCUGAGGAGGGCGCCCAACGCCCCCCGCGCCCGCCCCACGCCCGUCCGCCGCGGCCAUGGCCCUCCGGCCCGGCCUGUGGCCGGCGCUCCUGGGCAUCGUCCUCGCGUCCUGGCCCCGCGGCUCGGGCGGCCAGCAGAGUGCCACCGUGGCCAACCCGGUGCCCGGAGCCAGCCCGGACCUGCUGCCGCACUUCCUGGUGGAGCCCGAGGACGUGUACAUCGUCAAGAACAAGCCCGUGCUGCUGGUGUGCAAGGCCACGCCCGCCACGCAGAUCUUCUUCAAGUGCAACGGCGAGUGGGUGCGCCAGGUGGAUCACGUCAUCGAGCGCAGCACCGACGCCAGGAGCGGGCUGCCGGCCAUGGAAGUUCGCAUCAAUGUGUCCAGGCAGCAGGUGGAGAAGGUCUUUGGGCUGGAGGAAUACUGGUGCCAGUGCGUGGCAUGGAGCUCCUCGGGCACCACCAAGAGUCAGAAGGCCUACAUCCGUAUCGCCUAUUUACGCAAGAACUUUGAACAGGAGCCGCUGGCCAAAGAGGUGUCCCUGGAGCAAGGCAUUGUGCUGACCUGCCGCCCGCCAGAGGGCAUCCCUCCGGCUGAGGUGGAGUGGCUCCGAAACGAGGACUUGGUGGACCCCGCUGUGGACCCAAACGUGUACAUCACACGGGAGCACAGCCUGGUGGUGCGACAGGCCCGCCUGGCCGACACAGCCAACUACACUUGUGUGGCCAAGAACAUCGUGGCCCGUCGCCGCAGCUCCUCGGCUGCUGUCAUCGUCUACGUGAACGGGGGGUGGUCCACGUGGACCGAGUGGUCCGUCUGCAGCGCCAGCUGCGGGCGCGGCUGGCAGAAACGGAGCCGGAGCUGCACCAACCCGGCGCCUCUCAACGGAGGCGCCUUCUGCGAGGGGCAGAACGUCCAGAAAACGGCCUGCGCCUCGCUGUGCCCAGUGGACGGAGGCUGGAGCGCGUGGAGCAAGUGGUCGGCCUGCGGGCUGGACUGCACGCACUGGCGGAGCCGGGAGUGCUCGGACCCGGCCCCGCGCAACGGAGGCGAGGAGUGCCGGGGGGCAGACUUGGACACCCGCAACUGCACCAGCGACCUCUGCGUGCACACUGUCUCUGGUCCCGAAGAUGUGGCCCUCUAUGUGGGCCUGAUCGCUGUGGCUGUGUGCCUGCUGCUCUUGCUCCUGGUCCUCAUUCUUGUUUAUUGCCGGAAGAAGGAGGGGCUGGACUCGGACGUGGCUGACUCGUCCAUCCUUACGUCUGGCUUCCAGCCUGUCAGUAUCAAACCCAGCAAGGCAGAUAACCCUCAUCUGCUCACCAUCCAGCCAGACCUCAGCACCACCACUACUACUUACCAGGGGAGUCUGUGUUCCCGGCAAGACGGGCCGGGCCCCAAGUUUCAACUCACCAAUGGUCACCUGCUCAGCCCACUAGGGACUGGCCGCCAUACUCUGCACCUCAGCUCCCCUGCCUCAGAGGCUGAAGACUUGGUGUCUCGCCUGUCAGCACAGAAUUUCUUUCGCUCCCUGCCCCGUGGUACCAGCAACAUGGCCUAUGGAACCUUCAACUUCCUGGGGGGGCGCCUGAUGAUCCCAAACACAGGCAUCAGUCUCCUCAUCCCCCCUGACGCCAUCCCCAGGGGAAAGAUCUACGAGGUCUACCUCACGCUGCACAAGCCGGAGGAUGUGAGGUUGCCCCUAGCUGGAUGUCAGACCCUGCUGAGCCCCAUCGUUAGCUGCGGGCCCCCUGGGGUGCUCCUCACCCGGCCUGUCAUUCUCGCCAUGGACCACUGCGGGGAGCCCGGCCCUGACUGCUGGAGUCUGCGCCUCAAAAAGCAGUCGUGUGAAGGCAGCUGGGAGGACGUGCUGCAUCUGGGUGAGGAGGCACCCUCCCACCUCUACUACUGCCAGCUGGAUGCGGGCGCGUGCUACGUGUUCACGGAGCAACUGGGCCGCUUUGCGCUGGUGGGAGAGGCCCUGAGCGUGGCUGCUUCCAAGCGCCUCAAGCUGCUCCUCUUCGCCCCAUCGGCCUGCACCUCCCUGGACUAUGCCAUCCGCGUGUACUGCCUGCACGACACCCACGAUGCCCUCAAGGAGGUGGUACAGCUGGAGCGGCAGCUGGGAGGCCAGCUGAUUCAGGAGCCCCGAGUGCUGCACUUCAAGGACAGCUACCACAACCUGCGUCUCUCCGUGCACGACGUGCCCAGCUCCUUGUGGAAGAGCAAGCUUCUGGCCAGCUACCAGGAGAUCCCCUUCUACCACAUCUGGAACGGCACGCAGCAGUACUUGCACUGCACUUUUGCCCUGGAGCGCGCCAGCCCCAGCACCAGCGACCUGGCCUGCAAGGUGUGGGUGUGGCAGGUGGAGGGCGAAGGGCAGAGCUUCAACAUCAACAUCAAUAUCACCAAGGACACGAGAUAUGCGGAGCUGCUGGCUCUGGAGAGCGAAGGGGGGGUCCCCGCCCUCGUGGGCCCCAGUGCCUUCAAGAUCCCCUUCCUCAUUCGGCAGAAGAUCAUUACCAGCCUCGACCCGCCAUGCAGCAGGAGUGCCGACUGGCGGACUCUGGCGCAGAAACUGCACCUGGAUAGCCAUCUCAGCUUCUUCGCCUCCAAGCCCAGCCCCACGGCCAUGAUCCUGAACUUGUGGGAGGCCCGGCACUUCCCCAACGGCAACCUCAGCCAGCUGGCCGCCGCCGUGGCCGGCCUGGGCCAGCCCGACUCAGGCCUCUUCACCGUGUCGGAAGCCGAGUGCUGAGCUGACCGGUCAGGGCCAUCCCGCCGGCGCCCACACUUCACCAGCUUUGGCACCCACCCGGGACAGACAGACACCCUGGGGACAGGCCCCCGCAGAGGACAGAUCCCGCCCCACCUUGCCGGUCCCUCAGGCCCUAGCCACACUCACUCUUCUGGGGGUCCCCGGGGCCAGCGCCUGGACCUUGUGCGUGUGCGUCUUUGCGCGUGUGUGCGUUUGUCUGUGUGCGUGUGUGUGUCUGCUCGUGCCAUGCUACCUCCUCUCGUCCCUGGCCAGGGGGCCGCAUCCACAGCCAUGCACGCACACGCCGGGCUAGGGAUCUGCCCCCCACCCCCCGAUCUUAUGCAAACAUUUCAGGUGCCUGCAGGGAGGGCCCCCAGUGGAGAGACCCUGCUCCCGGCCUGCAGGCCCGAGGGCCACAGACGGACAGAGGGCAGCCCCUGGGUCCAGGCACAGGACUGCCACGGGCCCGCGCCCCUGCAUGUCUGUGUGCUCGUUUCACCCAUGUGCCCAUCGCCCUGCCCCUGCACACACGCACACACAGGCAUCUUGCGCAGCACCCCCGCUGCCCUCAGUGUCUCCCAACUGGUGUGGUUCUCCAUUGGUCCAUGCUGCCCGCUUCUCCCACCCACCAGGGGCUGCCAGCUCCCACCACGCCUACCCUGUCCCCAGCCCCUGGCUUCGUGGAGCCCUGCCCACGGUGAGUCCCAGGGUGGACCAGGGCGAGUGUGCGUGCUGUGUCGUGCCCAUGGCGGCCGCUGCCCCUGCACAGGGGGUAUCUGGCAUGUGGAGGUGGUGCCCCGACUCAGUCUUGAGUGCCCUUUGGGGCACUUACACUUGGCCUUAUGUACACAGCCUUGCCGGCUGCCGGGGCGCGUAGGGAUUUUAGCGGACGUGAAUGUAAAUAAAUUAUAUAUAUAUUGUUAA